GUUCACUCCCUAAAUGGCCACAACGGCCAGAGCUGUGCCAAUCCAAAGCCAGGAGCUACUUCCGGGUCUCCCACGUGGGUGCAGGGACCCAAGGAUUUGAGCCAUCCUCUCCUGUUUUCUGACACUCUUAAAUCUACAGCUGGACCCACCACACUCGACCCUCAGCACGAUCUCUGUGAUUUUAACCUUUUCCCUGGAAAAUCUGCUUGAUAGACCCAGCACAACUACUCUGUUUCCUGUCACAACAGUGCUUUCCCUGGGCACACAGAAUCCUCAUCCUUCUUGUGGGGCUGGCACGUGCCACACUUCCUACAGAAGGCACGGCGGGUUGUAGGCAUGUCCGCCGUGUUUGUUGGAGCACUGUCACCGUGGAAGAGGGUUUAGAAGAGAUCCUAACAUUGCUCAAGGCUACUCGUUUGCCAUAACGAGCUGCUUUACCUUACAUAUAAUAUCCUCCUGUAUGGGCUCCAACCAUUAGAGGAGCACAGCCUUGCCAUGAAGUGGAAGUGCCUCUUAAAGUUCCUUUUUUACUUUUUGCAAGAUUUAUUGAUUUGAAAAGCAAAGUUACACAGAGGGAGAGGUGCACACACACACCCACACACAGAGAGAGAAAGAAAGAGAGAGAGAGAGAGAGAGAGAGAGAGAGAGGUCUUUCCUGCACUGGUUCACUCCCCACAUGGCCACGAUGGCUGGAGCCAUGGCGAUCUGAGGCUAGGAGGCAGGUGCCUCUUCUUGGUCUCCCACGUGGGUGCAGGGGCCUAAGGACUUGAGGCAUCUUCUACUGCUUUCCCAGGCCAUAGCAGAAAGCUAUGAGCAGGAGUUCCUGACUCCUGGCCCUGGCCCUGGUUGCUGUGGUCAUUUGGGGAGUGAACCAGCAGAAAGAAGAUCUCUCUCUACCUUACCUCUCUCUGACAUUCUGCCUUUCAAAUCAAUAAAUAUAUGUAUAUCUAUUUAAUUGAUUGCAUUGUUUUAUCAGUCGAUCAUUUUGUAACAGUCUUGACCUUCAGGAAAAAUAUAUCACAAAGGGUUCACUUAAGUAUUUCAAAAGCACUUUCCAUCUGUGAAAAGAAAUCUGUUUUCCCCAUUUACUCCUGAAACAAAAUGAUUCGCGUGCAUUACAGGAAUUUCUCGUGGGAUUUGGAUGCGUUGGUUUUGGGGCGGGGUGGGGUGUAUCUUUGUGAGUUGAGGUUUCGUCAGAAUCUUCGAAGUCCCAGGAAAGCAUUCGUUCCAAAGUGAAGAAGCCAUCUUCGAAAUUCGAUUAGCGCUCUGUCAUUUCUUGUCUAAGAAUCUCUCCCAGUCGCUCGCACCCUGUAGACUUGUAGAAGUCUUUCCCCGCACACUGAGCCACCAAUCAGAGCCCCGGAUAUUGGUCGCACCCAUGAUUCCGCUGCGGGGCGGAGGCUCCAGGGGGCGGAGUUUGGCGUGACAUUUUGCGACUUCCAACACGGUUGGUGGAGCGCUGCUGCACAUCCGGAUCGGUAGCAGGAAGGCCGAAGGUUCCAAGGUGCGAGGCCCGACCCCGAGGUGGGCGUUGCUCCUCCAAAGCCAGACUGCAGCCCACCCGUCCGUCCGCGGCCACCUCACCCGUCCUCCGCAGACCGCCUCACCCGUCCGUCCGCCGCAGGCCGCCUCUCCUGACCCCGGGGCCUGACAGCGCCCGCAGGCCCGCGAAGCCCGCGAAGCCCGCGAAGCCCGCGAAGCCCGCGCCCGUCGCCCCUCGCGCCCUCUGCCAGGCCCCCGGAGCGCAGCCCGCAGCGCCGUCGACAUGAGGGGCGUCCGGCCCCGCAGCCCCAGCGCCUGCCCUGAGCCCGCGGGGCCCCCGCAGCCCGGAGCAGCCGGCCCUGCCAAGCGCCGCCGAGUGCAGGAGCCCGCGGCCGCCGAGCCCGGGCCCCAGCCCGGCCUCCCGGCCCCGCCCGCGGCCCCGCCCGCCUCGGCGCUCCCCUCCGUCGUGGUCGUGGUCCUGGCCGCCGGCUGCGCCCUGCAGCUGCCGCUGGACGACGUCGACCUGCUGCUGGAGCCCGCGCCCACGGCGGUCCUCAGCGUGUCUCUGCCCGGCCACACGCUGCUGCUGGUCCCCGAGGGCCUCCUGGAGGCCGCCGGCCAGGGCCCCUCGCCGGGCGGCCUGGCGCUGGCCGCUGUCCUGGACGCCGCGGCCGAGGCCGUCGUGGUACAGCAGCAGCAGCAGCAGCAGCAGCAGGGAUUGGUGUGCUCAGCCCCCACGGAGAUGGCCGGCCAGGCAGAGGCCUUUGAAGACGAAGACGACGCCGACCCCGAGCUCCUGGGGCUGGGCCGCGGGGCUCUGCCUGGGCGCUGCAAGGGGCUCCAGCCCCGGCUCGGCCUUCCACCUGGACUGGGAGCUGUGGCGGCCGCUCCCCGGCUCUCCGCUCCAGCCUCUCCCUGCGUCUCCCAGUCCAGGGCCCCCAGAGCCCCCGGGGCGCCCGCAGCGCCCUCCUCGGCCCGCCUGCAAGGCCCGGAGACGCCUGUUCCAGGAAUGAAGGAGCUGCCUCUGCACCCCGUCGCCACGCAGCUGACGCCCAGGUGA